CUGGGAUAGCAGUGUUGAGCUUAUGCCAUCAUUUAGUUCAAGUGAUCUGUAUAAUUAUUUGGUUUUGAGCAAGCAGCGGACACUAGACACUGACCCAAACAACGCUAAACGCCAGUUGAAAGCUAAAGUGUACUAUGAAGAUAGACACGUUCAUUCAGUCCGAUAUCACCACAUAUCCGCGGACUGUUCUCAUUGUUAUGUCAAUGCCAAAGUGAUUCCUUCCAUACCAACUCAGAAUAUGAAACAGAAACCAGAUUAUGAUGUGUGGGUGUCCUUGUCAAAGGUUACAGGCCGGGUACAUGCUGCUGGUUGCAACUGCACUGCCGGUGAAGGAGAAUCUUGCAACCAUGUCGCUGCUGUCCUGUAUGCUUUGGUUGACAUCUCAGAAAAGAAACUUGAGGGCUUACAUGCAUCUACUUCACAGGAAUGCAAAUGGAACCAGCCACGAAAACGUAAAUUGAGUCCUGUUAAAUCACAAGAUAUGACAUUCACAAAACACAAGUGGAUAGAACAUAAAAAGACAACAACUAUAAGGCAAGAUGCUACUAAUGCUCCUGAUAAAUCGAUGGUUAAACCCAUAAAUGUGGACAGAUUUGCUCCAAAACUCUGUGAACAUUUUCCACAUGCAGGGUGGUUACUGACUCAAGAGUCUGUUGUCAAUAUGACUGAGGAAUCCCAUGUAUCAGUACCUCCCCUCCAUUCAGUUGAUUUCAACUAUGCAGACACCUGUGAUUUGAAAAAUGAAGAUUGUAUCAGGUAUUUUUCAGAGUAUUUCAGUGCCUUGUCCAUCUCAAAAGAAGACUGUGUAACAAUUGAGAAGAACACACGUGGACAAGCCAACAAUAACAUGUGGAGCUCAGCAAGGGAAGGGCGAUUAACCUCUUCCAAUUUUGGCCUUGUCGGUAAACUGAAAACAUCUACAUGCCUUGAUAAUGCUGUAAAGACCAUUUUUGCAUAUUCACCAUUUGAUAAUGAUGCUCUGAGAUGGGGACGCACUCAUGAGUCGGCUGCAAGGAGAAAAUAUGCAAAUCUGAUGAAGAAACAUGAUGUGAAUGCAAAGGUUGUUACAUGUGGUUUCAUGGUGCAUCAGGACUUUCCUCAUCUUGGAUCCAGUCCUGAUGGUGUUGUUCACAUUGGAAAUGAAACUGGACUUCUUGAAAUUAAGUGUCCUUACAAGUGGCGGCUUUCCACAGUACACCAGGCAGCGGAAGAUCCUCAAUUCUGUUCUUCGCUCAAGGAAGGAGAAAUUAAAUUGAAAAUGCUGGCACUGAAAGUGAUGAAGAAAUAA